UUACCUGAGGCUGGACCCAUUUCUAAACCGACUUUUUUUUCUUUUUGCCUAACCUAGUUAUUGGGAUUAUUUUUCUGCCCAAAGGCCGGACUUGGUGCCCGGACAUGAACAACUUUAAUUCAAAUAAAUAAACGGAAGGAACGGAAAGAUGGGGACUGAUCAAACUCUAGAAUUGCUGAGCGUGGCCUGGGCAUUCGGCCGAUGGACCGUGGCCCAACAAAUUGAUUAAAAAAUUUACGAGUUAGUCCAUGACUUGAACCAGAAACUGUUUUACUCCAUUAGUAUAUACCAAUAACAAUAGCAAUGGAGUUGGGUUCUGUAUCUGCCGCUCACGGUUCCGUUGAGAGUGGGACGAUGGCAGGUGUCGGAAAAUGCAUCCUCGUCACCGGCCCUCCUGGUGUGGGUAAAACCACUCUGAUUAUGAGAAUAUGCGAGAAUCUGAAGCUCUCCAACCCCAGCAUCAAGCUUCAGGGUUUCUACUCUCAAGAGAUUAGACAGGGCGGUGAGAGGGUUGGGUUUGAAGUGGUCACCUUGGAUGGUCGCAGAGCUCGCCUCGCCAGCUCCACUAUUUCCAGCCCGGAAUCUCGACAAUGGCCUGCUGUUGGGAAAUACAAAGUGGAUAUUGCAUCGUUUGAAUCAUUGGUAUUGCCUGAAUUGAAGAUCAGAGAAGAUACUGGUCUCUUCAUUGUUGAUGAAGUUGGUAAAAUGGAGUUGUUGAGUUCAUACUUCUUUCCAGCCAUUCUAAAUAUUCUUCAAUCCAAUAUUCCUCUUCUCGCCACUGUCCCCAUACCAAAAUUUGGCAAAGAUAUACCUGCAGUUGUAAGGUUGAAGAAUCAUCCUGGUGCAACCAUUUUCACGUUGGAUAAAAGCAACAGGGAUGCGAUGAAAGAUAGAAUCUACCCUCAGUUGGCGGAAGUAGAGAAGCAUACAAAAAUGGUGCCUGCAACUUUCUCAAGGAAUCUUGAAGCUUGCUUUCUGCCAUUUUAGCCUAAACUGAAAGUAAAUGCGAAUUCAUGAACUACUUCAAAGAAUAGUUGAAGCCUAUGAAGCUGAGUCAUGGCCGUACUCAUUGUGGCAGACUAACUAAAUCAAACACAUUCAGGAUGCCUGCAGAAGAAAACCUGUAUUUGUAAUUCUACUUCAUUCGAUCAACAGCACUGGAGUUCUCAUCUUGCUGCUCUUUCUUUUAUUUUGUUCAUUUGAAUGAUUAUGCAGGAUUCAUGGUUAGCCCAUAUAAGUAUGGAUUAGGCCAUUGAAACAAUCAAACUUAGGUGUGUCUGCUAUAUUCUGGUAUUGGGUCUUGAAAACUAGCGUUCAAGCCCAAGUCCAAGCACACAGGCGUUGGUUCACAAUUUCAUAAUAUAUACGUACAAGCUUCCCAA